CUACAAACAAGAAAAGAUUUACGACACAACCACACACCCUCGCGCAAACCAUCUACAACCCCUCCUACCCUUCUCAACAUACCACCCAACCCACUCUCAACCAAUUGUCCCGCCAACAAUCUCCCAACCCGCCCACGAUGGCACCCCUCCCAACCGCAGACCUCACGACCCUGCACCGCGCCGACGGCUCCGCAACCUACACGCACCUCUCGCACACGAUCAUCGGCUCUGUAAACGGCCCCAUAGAAGUGCAGCGCCGCGACGAACUCCCCUCGUCCGCGACCCUCGAAGUAAACAUCCGGCCCGCCGGCGGCGUGGGCACCCCGCGCGAACGACACCUCGAGACGCUGGUGCACGACACGCUGCGGAGCGUCGUGCUGGUGGAGAAGAUCCCGCGGACGCUCGUGCAGGUCACGCUGCAGGUGCGGAGUCUGCCUGAGGAGGAGAGCGGCGGCGCGGACUCGUCGACCACGGCUUCGAGCUUAACACUACUCCCGCACCUCCUCCACACAUCCCUCCUAGCCCUCCUCUCCGCUUCCAUCCCCCUCCGCACAACCCUUACCUCCACCGUCGUCGCGAUUCCGCGCGACGGCCAAGGAAUGCUGGUCUCCCCCACCGCGAACGAGCUCCUCCGACGGCGACCGAUGCGCUCGAUACACGUGUUUGCGUUCGACGGGGAGGGGAAAUUGCUGUUAAAUGAGAGCGAGGGGGAGUUUGGGGUCGAGGAGUGGGAUGAGGCGUGUGAGAUGGCGGAGGAGGUUUGUUGUAAGGGGGAUGGGGGCGUGGGGUUGGGGGAGGGGAUGGACGUUGAUGGUGAGGGCCAGGCGCAGAGUUUGGAGGCGUGGUUGAGGGGGGUUGUGGGGAGGAAGGUGGAGGUUGAGCAGAGGUGGAGGGUUGCGACGUGA